CUGCCGCUCUCGUUACGCACCGCGUCGCCGCUGCGCCGGUGCCUCGAACCGCUUCGUUGCCGCGCGGAGCCGCCGUGCCACCGGGGACGUGGACGUGGACGUGGGGGGUCGCGACAGGGCGUGCGUGGCGCGUGACAGGCAUGAACCGCGUCAGAUAAAUCUGCCCGGAGAGACGGAGUGACGGAUGGCGAGGAUGCUGCGCGUGCCUCCUCUGCUUCCACCCCGGACGAAGACGAACCGGACCGCCUCCGACGCUUCCUGAACGCGGAAUCUGCAGCGCAUUCCUGCAGCUUCUCCACAGAGUUGGCCGCUGUUUCUCGCGCUCUUUGCAGCGGGACGCAUCGUGGGGCAGCCGGCGUGUUUUCCGCGCUUGCUGCCGCUCCUCCCGGGAUUCCGGUAACUAGUUGGACCCCGGUGCUGCGCUGCGUCGCGUCGCGUCGCGUCGCGUCGGCCGGUGUGUGACCGCAGGAGCGGAGCGCCGUCGUCAUGUCGCCGGGCCCGUGGAGGCGUCCCGGCGCGGCCGUGCGGUGCGCGGCGUCCGCCUGGCUGCUGGCCGCGCUGCUGUGCCUGUCGGAGGCUCGGGCGUCCUACAACGCAGGCAGCGGAGAGUGCAAAGGCAAAGGGAAGGAGUGCGCAGAUUUGUCAGAGAAGAAGAGCGACCUGAGGGUGUGCGACGACUCCACCUGUCGAUAUGGAGGCGUGUGUCGGGACGACGGCGCUCAGCUCAAGUGUGUCUGCCAGUUCCAGUGCCACAAAAGCUACAUCCCCGUGUGCGGCUCCAACGGCGACACCUACCAGAACGAGUGCUACCGGCGACAGGCGUCCUGCAAACAGCAGCGGCUCAUCUCCCGCGUGUCCGACGGGCCCUGCUCCACCGAUCCUGGUUCUGGUUCUGGAGACGGAGAUGAUGAUGAGGGUUCAGCCUCAGACGGAGGAAAGAAGUUCACCAAGUGCAGCACUUGUAAAUAUGGAGCGGAGUGUGAUGAAGAUUCAGAAGAUGUGUGGUGCAUCUGUAACAUCGACUGCAGCGGCCACAAUGAAAACCCGGUGUGCGCCACCGACGGGAACUCCUACAACAACCCCUGUCUGGUCCGAGAGGCGUCGUGCAUGAAGCAGGAGCAGAUCGAUGUCAAGCACCUGGGCAGGUGUCCUGCCGACAAGGAGAAACAUGGGAAGAAAGAUGACAGCAGCCCUUUCAAAGUAAAUGUCUUGGAAACCACAGGUCUGGACCACAGCGACGGCUUCUACGCCGGGGUGCCGGUUCCCUGCGCCGACAGCUACGCCGGCUUCUGCGUCCACGGGAAGUGUGAGGUCAAGUACAACAUGGCCACCUGCAGGUGCGACGCCGGCUACAAAGGAGCUCAGUGCGACGAGCCUCAGGACUUCAACAUCCUGUACGUGGUCCCCAGCGGGCAGAAGCUGCACUACGUCCUCAUCGCCGCCAUCAUCGGAGCCGUGCAGAUCGCCAUCAUCGUCGCCGUGGUGAUGUGCAUCACGAGGAAAUGCCCAAAAAACAACAGGGGCCGUCGGCAGAAGCAGAACCUGGGACACUUCUCCUCGGACACUAACAACAGGAUGGUAUAGCCGCGCGGCCGCUCCUUUUGAUAGCUUUUCUUACGGCGUUGGAACCCAUUUUUUAACAGUAGAUGUGUGGCGUUCUGUUUUCUCCUGGAACCAUUAAAAGAAGACCAGUAAUAAUAGUCAUUUCAGGGGCCUUAGUUUCUCUCCUCUUGGUUUCGGAUGCGGAAGUCGCGCUUUCAAGUGCGUGACGGGAUUUUUUUUUUUCUUUUUUUUGCUCCAAGUCAAAGUAGAAGACGUCAUGAAGAAACCCCACGGUCACUUUGCAUUAACACACGUGUGCUGUCUUAACUCCCUCCACCUGCUUCGUUAGCGCUUUUCUUAGUUUGUGGCUAACGAGCGACGUCUGCCCCUCUGGAAUGUGCUGUUUGUCCAGAAUGAUGAUUUGCCCUUUAUUUGACCUUUCACUAAUAAUGUGCAGCUGAUUACCAAAAGUUUGUUUUCUUAGCAUUGGUUGUUUUUUAGAAGGUAACAAGGGGACAGACAUGGACAUAGACAUGUUUACACUAGUUCCAUGUGAAGACUUCACUGUGUCUAAACAAGCUAAUUUAUUAUAAUGAUAAUAAUUAUUUUUUAUCGAAGUAGUUUUUACUUUUUGCUCUUAUUUGAACUGUUGCUUUCUGAAUUCUAGUACUUAUAUAUGCGCAUGACUUGUGAAAACUGUGUACUGUGGUGUAGUUUUAACUUUUUAAAAAGAAAAGCCGGGGGGCCUCCACAGCUGCUCCCAACGAGGAACCGGACAUUUGGAAAGUCCAAGAGCAGUCGGUGGGAACGAGAGGAACGGGUUUCUCCACAAAGGAAGAACAGGAGGAACCUGACGAACACCUGGACGUUCCCGUCCACGAAGGCCGACGACUGAAGGAACGGGUGCUGGAGUUUGCAGGCAGUUCGAUUGAAAGGAAGGAAGUCCUUAAAUGGAGGCUUCUCUGAAUGUGACCCCAUCUUUGCUCUCUUGCGUUGCGUUUGUCCUUUUGCUGCUCGGACCCAGCACAGACGGCCCGUCUCCCUCAGCGACCCGCUUCCUGCCUGUAGACAGUUCAGAUGUUGGUGCAGCUGAUCCGCGUCAUCGAGGCCUCUUGGUGAUAAAUGUUCUGAUGUCUUAGUGCUGAACCGUGAGGAGGAUGCUGCGUAACAUGCAACAGUCGCCGUCUCAGACAGAGAUAAUAUUUGGUUCAACAACAUUGUAGCUGCUGAAAACGCCUUCGCCCCUGAGUUCACUUUAAGUCCAGUCAAUGUUAAAGUCUGCGUUUGACAUUUUACGUUUUUCUGCCUCAUAUCAAAUUCUCAGACACAUUCAGACUCGUAGAUUAUAAUGAAGUAUUUGUUUGUGAGGCGGACGUGAGGCCACAGCACGCGCAUCACAACGGCCUCCAGCGAGAACAACGCUGUGGAACCUGAUGUCAGUCAUUCGCACUCGUUUAGUUUCCGUGACUUAAAAAGUGAACAUUCUUGAGUUUGAACCAAAAAAACAGUCUGAAUGUUCUGUUUCUUGUUGUGACGUGAACCUGUGUGAGCAGUGUUUUCUGAAUCGGGACCACGCAUCCUCGUAACUGCACAUUAAUGCUCAAUGUUGACUCCCGGAUCAGAGACGGCUCGUGUUUAAUGCGUCGACGAGACAAAUGUCAGAGCAGCUGUGGUGCGACGCGACGCGCGUGAGGAGAAGGAGCGGCGCGACGCGCGGCACGACGCGCGGCGCAGCGCGAGGAGCAGCGCGAGGCGCAGCCGGAGCUCCCGCUCCUGCGUCCGGCGGCUGCAACGUCCCCCACCUGCCUCCAACGUGGAGGAAACCAGACAGCGGAAGGAAUGCGCCGUCUCCAGGCCGCGCGUGCGCCACGCUGUAACACGGACGUAGAACACGCUCUUCGACUUCCCGUCACGGUUUUCCCGCUGCGUCUUCGUCUCCGUCGCGUUGUUGGUCCGCGCCCCCUCCGAGCAACGCGUUCACAGCCGUGACUCCUCUCAAUGUGACUAGAAUGUGUUUGACAUGUUAAUAUUCUGCAUGUAGGCUUCGAGGCUAUUUUUGGUCUCUAAAUAAAAAAGGAACUGUUUUUUAAUGUA